AUGGGCUUCUUUGCCUCUCGUCUCCUGCGUAUCCAGCAAGUCUCGCAGAGCACCCGUGCUGCUUCGAACCCAUCGACGACCCAUGUGAGCGGCACGCUCUUUGGAGUCGGCCUGUUGGUGAUGGCCGGCAUCGCCAUUGCGACUGGAUACAGCACCCAAAAGCUGCAACAAGAUCUGAACGACAAUCAAGAGACGCUGCGACGCAUGGCAGAGGCCACAGAGCUGAAGAUUCUGGAGCUGGAGCGCAGAAUCGACGAGCUGUCGAAGCCGGCGACUCCACGAACCGUCGAAACCAAGUCGUCGAGGUAA